GAAGAUGAACUUAUUCAAAAGGUGUUUCCAGAUAUUGCUCAAAAUUACAGAAACCAUGAUUGGUUGAGCGAACUAGCUAUUUUGCCUGGAAAAACCAUAAUAAUAUAUGUAAAUGAAUUAAAUUUCAAAAUUCAAGAACAAAUUACAAGCAAAUUGAGGAUAUAUAAAUCAGUUGAUUCGGUCACUAACCAAGAUGAUGUCGUCAAAAUAUACGCCUGAAAUUUUAAACUCUCUGGAGUUACCAUGAUUGCCACCUUACAAUCUUCAAUUAAAGGUUGGAUCGGUAGUUAUAAUGUUGAGAAAUAUCAACUAAUCGCGUCUUUGCAACUACACACGGUUAGCGAUAAAAAAUUAUUGAACAAUGUGGUAGAAGCAACUAUACUGAAAGUAAAGUAUAAAGUACAAGACGUUUUGAUACCACUCAUCACAAUGAUUCCGACUGACAUACCAUUUGAAUUUAAACGACUACAAUUUCUAGUGCGGCUUGCUUUUGCUAUGACCAUAAAUAGGUCCCAGGGCGAAUCAUUAGGUUUUUCAAGUUUAUUAAGUGUUUUUUUCUUUGAAAUGAACCACCAACAACAAGAAAAUCAAAAUUUGUCAGAAAGUUACUGUUUUAGAAUCGUUACUCUUCGCAAAUUCUCUUGAUAGAUCUCAAAUCUGUAAACACGCAUAGGAUAAUGAACAUAGGGUUCAAUGGAAUAAUUCAAAUGUAGUCCUAUAAGAAACGGAUGGUAAAAAAAAAAUCAAAGAAGCGGCUCUAAUUAUGCUAAAUGAGGCCAAUUGUGUCGCAAAUUCCUCGGCAGUAUGUAGUAGGAUCUGGGUACCAAUAUUGAAAGAGGAAGUUAUUAAUAAGAAAAUACCAGUAUUAGUAAGUCAGUAA